AUGUCAGCAGGUAAAUAUUUAUUAGGUACUGCAGCAAUUAUUGGUGGAAUUUGGUAUUAUGAUCAAAAUGUUCAACGUAUUUUACCAAGAGAAGAUCAUAAAGAAUUAGCUCAUCAAACUCAAAAAAUUGAUAAACAAGUAUCUAAUUUAAAUAAUAAAUUAACCAACAAAAUUGAUGAAGCUAAAUCAAGAAUAUCCAACAAAACCGAAUCAAUUACUGAUCAAGUCAAAAAAUCAGAUUCCUAUAAAAAUCUUGAAAAGGAUAAACAAGAAUACAAAUAUUUUGCUAAAGAUGCUGUAACUCCAAAUGAUGAAAAAUCAAUUUUUAAAUUAGGUAUGCAAAAAUAUAUUGACUUUAUAAAUUGUCUUGGUGAAGGUAAAAUUGAAACCGGAGAAACCCAAUAUAGUUCAAUGGGUGAAUUACCAGAAGUUAAAGAAAAACCAAUUUUUGGUAAUUGGUUUAAAGAUGCUGAUAAUAAAGUAGAUGAAACAAAAGCUAAAGCUGAAGCUAAAAAAAAUGAAUGGUCAUCUUGGGGAUCUAAAAAGGCAAAUCAAGCUGAAGCUGAUGCUGAACACAAGAAAAACAAAUUAGUCAACUGGGGUAAAGAUCAAGCUGAUGAAGCUGAAUCUAAGAAACAAGAAUGGUCAAAUUGGGCUUCACAUAAAGUUGAAGAAGUUAAAGAUGAUGCUGAAAGACAAAAGAAUAAGUUGGUUAAUUGGGGACAAGAAAAAGCCGAUGAAGCAGAUGCUAAAAAGAAAGAAUGGACUUCAUGGGGUCAAAAAAAAGCAGAUGAAGCCGAAGCUGAAAAAAACAAGUGGACUUCAUGGGGAUCUAAAAAAGCUGACGAAGUUCAAGCAGAUGCUGAACACAAUAAAAAUAAAUUGGUCAAUUGGGGUAAAGAUAAAGCUGAUGAAGCAGAAGCUGAAAAGAACAAAUGGACUUCAUGGGGAUCUAAAAAAGCUGACCAAGUUUCAGCUGAUGCAGAACACAAUAAGAACAAAUUAGUAAACUGGGGAUCAGAUAAAGCAGACGAAGCUAAAAAAGAAGCUGAAGCUCAAAAAAAUUCAUGGUUCAAUUGGGGAAACAAACAAGUCGAUGAAGCUCAAAAGCAAUUAAACAAAGACUCAAAUGAUCUUCAAAAAUAUGCUGAUGAUACUUCAAAAUGGGCUGAUAAAAAAUUAAACGAAGCCUCAAAUGAAUUAAACAGACAAUAUGAAUCAUCGAAACAAGAGUUCAACAAACAAUACAACAGUUUAGAAAAACAGUAUAACGAAACAGUUGAUCAAUUUAAUAAGAGAUAUGCAUUAGAAAAAGAUAAAGCUUUAAAAUCUUAUGAAGAUGCUAAAAAGAGAUUUGAAACCUUAAGUACCAGUAUUACAAAUGAUCCAAAAAAGAAUGAGCAAUUAAAUAAAGCUAAAAAUGAAUUUUACAAUUCUUUAGAACAUUUAAAAGUUUAUGGUGAUGAUGUUUAUAAUGAUGUCAAAAAAACUUUAGGAGAUUUAUUUAAAUAG